UUAGGUGUCUAUAAUUUCGAGCUCUUUUUUCCCAGUCGCGAUGCCAAAAGCCCUCAACAAUGUGCUUCACGGUGGGAAAAGAUGACCCGACAAAUCAGUAAUGCAAGCGAUAAGAGACGCUGCGUGUCAUAAGCGAAGCGGUCCUCACAUAUCACGCACGACGUUAGGAGUUCCCUCGCUUACACCGUGAAAACGACGCCCCUCUACUCUCCUCCUAGCCCUUCCCGACCGUGAGCCAUCCCUGCCGGCUUGUGCCUGUCUGCUGUGGCAGAGGAGCGGCGCUCUGGGGCGGUGGCGGCGUCCAGUUUCCUGCUAUUUCAAUGAUCAGAAAUUCGGAUUGAAGCUUGACACCCGGACCUGACAGGGCAGGACUGCCAUCCAUUUCUAUGACAACAGAGAAGGCUUUGGCUGGGGAACUGAAGAGCGCAAUGGAGGGUGACGCCAGGAGAACCAAUCAGGUUCCAGAGGACCACGGGGAAGCGGAUGAUAGCUCGGAGAAGACCCCCAGUAAAGCCUCCAAAUCGCCCCAGAAAACCAACAAGCGGCCCAAGACUGUCCCAGUCAAAGUCACACUACUAGACGGUUCAGACUAUGAGGCUGCAGUUGAGAAAUUUGCCAAGGGCCAGACCCUGCUGGACAUGGUGUGUGGCCAUCUGAACCUGCUGGAGAGGGACUACUUUGGCCUGUCUUUCCAGGACACGGACAACUCCAAGAAUUGGUUGGAUCCCUCCAAAGAGAUUAAGAAGCAAAUUCGGGUUGGUUCUUGGACCUUCGGAUUUUCUGUCAAGUUCUACCCUCCAGACCCGUCCGUGCUCAUUGAAGAUAUCACCAGGUACUACCUGUGCCUGCAGCUGAGGGACGAUAUCCUUUCCGGUCGUCUGCCCUGCUCGUUUGUCACCCACGCCCUUCUGGGCUCCUACACUGUCCAGGCUGAACUGGGAGACUAUGAACCUGAGGAACAUGGCCCAGACUACGUCAGUGACUUCCGUUUUGCGCCCAACCAGACACGUGAGCUGGAGGAGAGAGUGAUGGAGCUGCACCAUAACUACAGGGGAAUGAGUCCAGCAGAUGCAGAGGUGAACUUUCUAGAAAAUGCCAAGAAGCUCUCAAUGUAUGGAGUUGACCUGCAUCAUGCUAAGGAUUCAGAAGGAAUUGACAUAAUGCUUGGCGUGAGCGCCAACGGUCUGCUCAUCUACAGAGACCGUCUAAGGAUCAACCGGUUCGCCUGGCCAAAAAUCCUCAAGAUCUCGUAUAAGAGAAGCAACUUCUACAUCAAGAUCCGCCCAGGAGAGUAUGAACAGUUUGAGAGCACCAUAGGCUUCAAGCUGCCCAAUCACCGGGCCUCGAAGCGAUUGUGGAAGGUCUGCAUUGAGCACCACACCUUCUUCAGGUUGGUUUCCCCAGAGCCACCUCCCAAGGGCUUCCUGGUGAUUGGCUCCAAGUUCCGCUACAGUGGGCGGACCCAAGCCCAGACCAGACAGGCCAGUGCCCUGAUUGACAGGCCUGCCCCACAGUUCGACCGGUCCGUUAGCAAGAGGUACUUGCUGCCCCGAAGCAUUGAUGGAGCCUCAGCUCUAGGUGACAGUAUGGAUCAGUUGUCCCAGCGAAGCUCCAGUGAACGCACACAGUUCAUGUCCAGAGAAGACCUUGACCAAGAGGGUAGCCUGGACCUGGACCACGAUCAGUACCCCUAUCAUGACCAAGACCAGGAUGAGUACACAGAUCAGGAGCUGGAGCAGCAUGAAAGUCAGGACCACGAUCACGUUCAGAAGCAUACUCAGGGUGCCAACAUCUCUACACCCACCAAGACCUUGGAGCUCAAGGGUGAGGAGGCAGGCUCGCCUGUUGACUCAAAACCAGAGGAUCUGGCCACCCGUCGGCCCAAACAGGAGCAGUUCUUGGAUAAGCCAGAAGAUGUUCUACAAAAGCACCAGGCCAGCAUCAAUGAGCUGAAGAGGGCUUUGAGGCAGCCUAACAGCAAGAUGGCUCAGAGGGAGAAACGCCUCUCAUCAGCUACUCCUCCUGGAGGAACCCCCGAGCGGAAACCAGCAACUGGCGAUGCCAAAUUGAUUGACAAGCAGGAUGCUAAUGAAGGAGCGCUGGAUACUUACUCUCAGUUGGAAAAUAGUAAGACCUCCUCUAUGGGUAGAGACACAUUCUCUGUCACACCUUGGACUGAAGCAAAUAAAAACAAUUGUCAAACACCCAGGGACUCUUUUAAAACCAGACCUGGAACAUCUCCGAAACAGGAAGCAAACCUUACAGCAACAGUGCUAACAGGUAUGAACCUUAUGGACAAUACAGUAGCAACUAAUGGGCAUCAUGACUCUGUACUAGCGAGGAAUGGCAUUCAAGAAAAUGGAUACGGAUCUCCACCUGACAAACAGAGGAGUACGAUGAUCGACAGGGACGUGAGGCAAUGUCAGUAUGAGCACAGCAUUCAUCGAGAGAGACCAAAGAACUUUGAAAUUCCGGUGGCUGUGGAUUCUCUCCCAAAGGGCAAGGCGGGCAGAACUGAGAGUGACGCGAGGCAUUGUGAGACUUGGAAAAUAAAAGACCCAAGCCCCAUUGGGGCAAAAGAUUUCAACGAAACAGGGAACUCACACUCAGAAACCACCAAAAUAGUUCCUCUCAAGCCUCAGAGAUCAAAGAAGUCUUUGACUAAAGAGAACAAAGAUCUUGUAAACCCUCAAACGCAAAGCCAGUCUGAUAGAGGCUUCUUUGUUGCGACUGGGGAUGUACAGAUGACAAUAUCAAAAGGCGGAUCCUGUGAGGCAGGAAGGAGAGUGGGUGAUAAUACCGUACUGCACUCUGCCACAGAUGUUGUCAAGGAAAACACAGGGGCCACCAGAUACCCCAGUGAAGCUGCAGUGUCAUAUCAGCAGCAAACUCUACUGCUACAUCAACAGAUUAAGACGGAGUUGUUUGGACAACAGGAGCUCAGAGACUGCAGAACUACGACAGGACAAAAUCAGUGGACAAGAGGAGGUGUGCUACACGAAGAGUUUAAAGAGAGUCUCCUAGCCAGCUCCAAAUUUCCAGCAGCUCCCCCCCGAACUCUUCCUCUGAAAACGCAGUGGUCCCGAGACAGACAGAGCAACUUGGACAGCAGCCACAUCCACUACAGGACGUCCAGCCAAGAAACAGCCAAGAGGAAGCAAGCGGAGACACCUCCCACACCGGCUAUUCAUGAGGAGCCUUUCAACGAAGCUUCAAGGGAACCAUGGGAGAGACGUCUGGGCUCCGUCUCAGAGGAUGACCAGGACCACGAGAUCCUGUUCCUGAAGGAAACCCACCUAGGCAUCGAGCGCAAAUGUUCCAGCAUCACGGUGAGCUCCACGUCCAGCUUGGAGGCCGAAGUAGAUUUCACCGUCCUCACGGACCUGCACACAGGCAUGGAGGAGUUCUCCAGGGGCAUGUCAGAGCUAGGAGACAGGGAUCUGUCACCUGACGGGGGUCUGUGCUUUGGCAUCGACUUGCUCCAGCAACAGGGUCCCUCUGAACUGCCUCCUCCAUUAGUGUCAGCUCCUCUGUCCAGAGGAGCCAGCAGCAGCAGCCCUCCAGCCAAACAUAUCCAGCCGGAAGAAGUCCGACCAGAAGUCAAACGGUCUGACGUGCAGCCUGUAGUACCCAAAAAACCAAAGAGGUCGGUGCCAGUGUCCUCGUCAGUGGACAGAGAACAGUCGCACAGAGAAGCCAGUCGCGUGUCGGCUGUCAGACCACUGAGCAGGGAGGCCAGUGACGUCAUGCCCACAGCGACAGUGAGGAAGACGGAUGUCAGGACUGAAACCCAGCCCAACGGGUCAGAGGUCACCACAACCAUCGUGGAGUUCACAGAUCAGGAUCAGAGUAUCACAAGUGAAGUUUCUUACUCUACGAGACAGAGCGUAUCCCCUGUGCAUGUGAGUGGUCUUGGAAGAGAGGCGUCUGGGUCGCCCAUCCUCGUCACUGAAAAUGUUACCUCGGCAACCACUCAUGUCACCAAGACAGUGAAAGGAGGAUAUUCCGAGACUAGGAUCGAGAAGAGGAUCAUAAUCACAGGAGACGAUGAUGUAGACCAAGAACAGGCUCUGGCUAUUGCAAUACAGGAAGCCAAGCAGCAGCAUCCAGAUAUGCAGGUGACCAAGGCUAUUGUUGUCAGGGAAACAGAAUCGUCCACCGAGGAUCGACACGGUGCAUCAGAGUCCUGAUUUCCUGAGACGAGAGUGCCCCCCUUUGGUACAGAAGUGUCAGUGCCCGACCUGAAAUUGCCACCCAUCAUCCCUACUGAUAGACUACUGCCAGUGGCGCUCAAAUGCGAGCCUCUUGUACACAUCCUCACACAACAACACACACACACACACACACACACACACAAAGCUGAAACAAGACUCCUUUUAAAAUCUUAUAUUUUAUGUUUCGUGUUUAUGUUUUUACUUAGACAUUUCACUAUUGAAACCAUUCACGUUCAGCAAAUGGUUUGGUGGUCAUGUGGCAAAAAAAAAAAAAAAGCAUUAUUCAGUAUAAUUCAAAGUCCUAGUGCUGGUGGACAAUACGCCACCAGAAUCUCAAACAUAUGGAACAAUUAUAGAGAUAAUCCAACUAAAUUGCCUGCCUCUCAGGGCCUCUAUAUUCAGACCACUUGCUUAAGUAUUCCUCAAAGGUCAAAGGGAAUUAGUGCAGAAGGGGUUUGUUUGGAUAAUCUGUGCACUCAUUCACACUGUGGAAUAAUCCAAGGUCACGUGCCAUGUUGGUACCCAUCCCAUGCAGAUAGUAUCAUUUGGAAAAAAGGAAUAUGAGUUAAAAAUGGUCAUGCACAUACAGUAGUCUUCUAUACGUCUGUCCUGCUGUACUGAAUACCAAGAUAUCACCCGUUUCCUACUGUGUGUGCUGAAAAAAAAACCUGCUGAAAAAAAAUAAGACUGUGUGUGCUUACACUUUGUUAAUAAGUAAAAUAAUCCAUUACAUGUAGUUACUGUUACAGCAUCCAGUGAAGCAGGGUUUUGUAAGAACAGGGCAAACCCUACUUUUAGUUUUGCGCUCUUGCAUAGCUAGUCAGAUGAACAAAUGAGCUUUGUCCCACCCCCCAUCUCACUGACUGAUGAGGAUGCACAGAGUAGAACAGAUCAUAUAGAGUCCAGCAAGGUCUGGUGGUGUUUAUUCAACUGUUUGUGAAGGACCAAAGUCUGAGCUAGUCAGCUAACGAAUACUUCCCCUCUAUCUGUCUCGCCUGAUAAGAGUAAUUUACCAUCAUGUGUGGGUGGCAUGUAUUCAAGGAUAUGAUUCCAGUUGCUGCAUCAUGAUGGACUUUGAUUGGACUGUUCGAGAACUUCUGUGUACGUGUCUGGAGCUGUUAAUACACCCAGUGUACCUGUUGUAUCUAUUCCAAUGGUGGCGAUGUAGUUUCUGAGCAUGCUAAUGUUCCAGAAUGAGCCCAGUUUCUCUCCUUUCCCAGCCUUUAGAUAUGCUUUCAGAAUUCAGCUGGAUAUGAUACCACUUUUGUGUAGUAAGUACAUAGAGUAGGCUCACGCAACGGGCUGCUGCAUCAGUAAAACUAGUACUUGAGAUAACGUUUGCAUGAGCAUUUCUCGCAUUAUUGGAUUGUAGUUGAGAUAUAAAGGAUAUUACCUCAUUAGAAGGAUGUAUCACGAUAUCCAGGAUCAUGAAAGAUAACACUGUGAAAAGUUACAAAAAUGUAAAAGCCUAAUUGUCCACAAUCGGAAGUCAAAUCUGAGCUCUGAAAAACAAACAAAAAAACAAAAAAGGAAAUGAAGGUCCCGACAGGAAAUGAAAAGCAUUUAUUAGAAAAGGUGGGAAAUGUCAAGCACAAUGCGUUCAGUUUUGUCAAUCCCAAGAUCCAAUGACUGCACAGUGGCUACAGUUUCUUCCUUCAGUUACAAGUCCUUAACAGUUUUAUCUCUUUUUAAGCCAAAUGUGCUGUUCAAUAUAUUUUACACAUCAGUUUGCUUUUAGUUUAAUUUCCCCAUCGAGAAACAUAAAGUAGGCCUGUUUUUUUUUGCCUUUUUUUAUGCAUCUGAGCCCUUCCAAUAUCCUUUCAAGCAAAGUGCAGUGUUAAAUAAAAUAUACAGUAGGAAUACAUCUCUGUACUUGUAGUUUUGUGUGAUUUGGUACAUGAAUGUUUGAGGGAUGCCGUAGACAUGUAGUGGGCCAAUUAAGGUAGCGGUGAAAUUGUACAAUCUCUGAUUUUGUAUGAAAUAACUUUUUAUGAACAACUACUUUUAAUUACAGAAGUGCCAGAAAGCCAAAUGCAUAAACUUGACACGGCAGGGUUUCCCCUUUAAUUAUGGUGUCUUUAACAUUGCCUGCAAAAUUUCUGUCUCCUUGCUAAAGUCAUAUUUUAUAUAUAAAUGCAGCAGCAAAUUCAUUCAAAUGAGGAAAAACAAUGUUAAACUGUCAUGUCAGGUUUAUGAGGGUAUAACUGAGGUAUAGCUUUGGCUUUCAGACACUAAAGUUUACUGUCAACGUUCACGUGUGUAGUGUAAUUCACGUUGUGUUUCUUUUUUGUUUCAAAAUCUUUUAAAGUGAUGGUUAAUCAUGGAUGUGGGUGUCACACUGGAAGCUGGGGGGGGGGGUGGGGGGGGGGUGCAGCCAUGCAUACCUUUUACUGUAUUUGGUGCCAUUUGGUGGAUUGUGACGAUGUGAAGUAGUUAAAUUCCACGUGCUUGAUGCACACUAGGGGGCACCAGUUACCUGAAAGAGAAAGCUCUGCGGCAACAUCAAGCAUACCCAGCUGAAAUCCUUCUCACCAUUCUUCACUAAGGGGCAGAAUUAUCCAGAUCAUCCUUGGAUCAAGCUGUAAGGUCAAACUUACCUUAAAACGGCCUGCUCUUGGAAGUCUGACAACUAAUAACCAGACUGUGAUUAAUCACAAACAUUUGGCUGUGGUCUGAGACACCUGGAGCUGUCUGACUGGGCGACCUCUGGCUGACCCUUAAACCUAGCCCUCUCCUCUCUGUACAGAGCCCUCCUCCUCCUCCACAGCAGCUUCAUCUCUCCUGCUCUCCAUUGCUUGGUGCUGUGUCUUUGCUGUACAAUGUACUUGCCUUCCUUUGAAAUGAAUAAAGAAGAGAGAGAGCCAAAAAAAGAAAAAAUAACAAGAUGAGAAGGGAAUCCCUUAGUUUGAUCUCUUCCACAGAUCUCUGUCUUAUUACA